AUGGCAUCUCCUUAUGACCAACAAGACACUUAUGUCUUGGUAACAGGUGCAAACAGGUACGGAUCCCCUCCAAUCGCAUACACCCUCCCCGCUCCUGGAUCCUUCAAGAAAAAAAAAGUGACAACACUAACAAACUUCUUCAGUGGUCUCGGAUUCUCAAUAUGCUGCCGUCUAGCCGAUGAAUUCCUCCAAACCCGGUCCGCCCCCACGAACCUAAAUAUAAUCUUCACAACUCGGAGUACGCGCAAAGCGCAAGACACAAUCCGCCGUCUAGAAGCACACCUCCGCACUACCACCACCUCACCCACAGAUUUCGCCCGCGUACGCUUCAUCCCCGAGAGCGUCGACCUCGGAAACCUCCUCUCCAUACGCGCCUGUUCUCGUCGUCUAAACAGCACAUUCCCAAAACUCGAUGCCAUAAUCCUAAAUGCCGGCUUAGGCGGCUGGUCCGGUAUUGACUGGCUACCCGCAGUCUGGGGCAUGGUGACCGACCUCGUACACAGCUGCACAUGGCCAGGAUUCAAGAUCUCACCCAUUGGCGUUCUAGCGGAUAAGCAAGUUCCGAAGGGAAUCGCGAACGUGGAAGAACCGAUCCUUGGAUCGGUUUUCUGCGCUAACGUGUUUGGUCAUUAUAUGCUUGCGCAUAAUGUUGCUCCCUCUCUGAAACGCGCGCAUGGACCUGACGGUCCUGGUCGAAUUAUCUGGAUCUCUAGUAUUGAGGCGACGGUUAAGUUCUUUGAUGUGAAUGAUAUCCAGGGUUUACGCUCUGCGGAACCUUAUGAGUCUACAAAGACGCUUACGGAUUUAUUGGCCAUCACCGCUGAUUUACCGAGCACCGCGCCUUGGGUGGAUAGUUUCCUUGGAUUGGAUGGUGAGAAGGAUUCCGUGAAGCCUUCUUCCCAUCUUGCUCACCCAGGUAUCUGUCUGACGUCUAUCGUGCCACUCCCUCAACCUCUUAUCUGGGCUCAGGGUCUGGCAUUCUAUGGUGCACGUUUCCUGGGAUCACCGUGGCAUAGCAUGAGUACAUACUCCGGUGCUAAUGCGCCUGUUUUUGCGGCACUAUCGUCGAAUGCUGAGCUUGAUGAUGCGGAGAAACCAUAUCGACAGGCUGGUGGUGGCAGACCUAAAUGGGGCUCUGGUGCUUCGAUGUUUGGAACGGCGCAUGUCUAUUGCACGGAGACGGAUGGAUGGGGCUAUGGUGGUGUGGUUGGCACUCCUAUUGUUGAAGCUGACCGACAACGACGUCGAAAACGAGGUGCCGCUGAGCUUACGGUGGAGCAGAAGGAAAGCUUUGAGGAGCUUGGACGUCAGUGCUGGAAGCAGAUGGAGGAGCUGCGCAUCAUCUGGGAUGGGAUUCUGGAUGAGAUUGAGAAGGUGCAGAACUGA